UUUGGCUACUUUUUUUUAUCAUCACAGAGAUGGCUUCAUUACCCAUGCUUCCUGGGAAUUCUCAAAACAGACACCUGAGUAAAGAGACAUUUCACAAGUCACAUCACUUUGACAUUUCAAAUGGAGUGGCUUUACUGGUAGGCGACAAGAAACCAGGAAUUGGAGGAGAGCCAUUACCCGGUCAAAGCACAAGACCCAAGUAUUCGGUGUACCCCAAAGGAAAGGGCAGUGAUUUACCAUCAUGGGUGGCCUUUGAUAAACAGGCAUUGUGUUUUGAUGCAUACUUUGAGGAAACUGUGCCACAGGCUAAAGAAGAGACAUACAGAAUACGGAAGUGCAAGAUCAUGUUCUACCUAGAGGAUGAUACUAUCAAAGUGGUUGAACCAGAGUUCAAGAACAGCGGUAUUCCCCAAGGGACACUGAUUCGUCGUCACCGUAUCCCACUUCCACCACCAAACGAUGACCAGUUCUACAAUAUUUUUCAUUUCAACAUUAACCAAGAGAUACUCCUAUACUCUCGGAGGUUUAUGAUAACUAAUUGUGAUACUUUCACAAGAAAUUUUAUCACAAAUCUGGGAGUGCUUCUGAACGAACCAACAGUUUCACCUGUUGAUCCCUAUAGUCAGCUCCGGGAAGAUAUAGAGAAAAGUAUGAAGCCUCUAAGGCCCUAUGAAAAGUAUGACACUCGGAAGCAGUUCUUGGAUAACGAUAUGAAAGUGUUGCGUUUCUACGGCUACUGGGAUGACACAGGGAGCCUGUUUGGUGAUGUCAGAGAUUUGGUCCUACAUUAUUUCCUUGCUGAUGACACAAUAGAGAUCUGUGAAGUCAUUCCCCCCAACAGUGGUCGAGAUCACAUAUCCAAGUUCCUGAGACGCAGCAAACUUCCAAAGGUGGCCCCAAGUCGACUCCCACCGCCCGGUGCAAUCACUGACCGCACUAUCCUUAAUGUAUUUGACUCAUCAGACCAGGGGAAGCGUUUUAUAUUAGACAGUCUUAAGACAGGAGCCAUCAAAGAGGAGUUCUACAAAGAUUGUGACCUGACCAUAGGCACUGAGCUGAAUGUGUGGGGCAGGAAAGUUGUCAUCACCGACUGCGAUGAAUUCACUAAGAAGUACUAUCGUUGCAAAUAUGGCAUAGAGGACUUCACCCCUGUGCAGUACAAAGCUCCUGCAGCCCCUAAGCCCUCCAGACACGUGCCCCCCUACAACGGCUUUGGAUCAGAGGAGGACUCACUUAGCUCCUGCCAGGGACUGGUGCCCAAGCCCCCGCAAAAAGACUUCCACAAAUUUAUCACAAAAGACAGGCAUGGUCUAGAGAGUCAUGUGCUCAACUUUGUAGCCAAGAUGGUGACUGACAACCCAGUGGACAAGGAUAGAGAGUUCAUCAUCUCCUUUUACCUCAGUGAUGACACCAUCAGUGUGUUUGAGAGAACACAGCGAAACUCAGGCGUGCUUGGUGGUAAGUUUCUGGAGCGUGGCCGCGUGAAGAAGCCAGGGCAGGAGUUGUACAAGAGUGCGGUGUCAAAGUACUUCACAGCUCAGGACUUCUAUGUUGGAGCUGUACUGUGUCUCAACAACCACAACUUUCAGCUCACUGAUGCUGAUGAAUAUACAUUCAACUACAUGGGGAAAUAUGCUGAAGAGUUUGCCAUAGCCAAUGUGGGGACUAUCCUGAGCAAAUUGCGCUCCAUUCCUGAAGACAAACAGAAAGAAAUUAAGACAUUUCUGGCCCUCACUGAUCCGAGCAAUUCUGGUUUCAUACCUUAUGAGCCCUUCAGGGGACUACUGAUGGGCUUAGAGUGUGGCCUCUCGGAGCAUGAGGUGCUGGUUCUGGCCCGCAGCUUCUCGGAGCGCGAGCACUCGGAGAUGGAUGUCAGCCUGAUGCUGGCGGUGGCCCAGGACUUCCUCAGGAAGAAGCACUUUGAAGACUUCUCUGAAAUGACCAAAGCCUUCGCACACCACGACAGACACAAAACUGGACAUCUUUCCUUGAAAGAGACCAGGACCAUCUGUAAGGCCUUCCAUCUUCCCCUGCCUGAGAAUCUGCUCACAUCCCUGCUCCAAAAGUUUGCACAAGGAGAUGAAAUUGACUACCACGCUUACAUCACGGCUAUUAAUUGGCUUGAACAUCCUGCUGCUCCUGUAAUGCCUGAUGACAUUCUAAAGGUCAAUUUAAAGACUUCAGACAGUGGUGGUGUGGUGCUAAGAAACAUCAAUUAUGCCAGUAUGCUGGAAGACAUCUUCUUAGGUCCCCUCGCCAACACUGACCCGACUACUGCUGCAUCAUAGAUUCAUAUAAAGUAACAGUAAAAUUCAUUUAUAUUAAAUUUUCCUGCCUGCACCAAUAGUGAUAUCUCUUGUCAUAUUAUAUAAACCAAGAUAGUGUGUAAGUUAGUGUUUUAACAUUUGAAUGAUGUGGCAGCAGUCCUGACCCUUUCAGACCUAAAAUGACGCAAUCCUCUCAAUAAGGAAGGUAUGCUUAAAGGGGAUGUUGAGACAACACAUGCUUUUUGAUCUGAUUGCUUUUAUGUUAUAUGGGUUUAGUACGAAGACCUCCUUGACAAGUUUAAAGACACGAGCCGUUAAAGCAGAACCAUAUUUUCAGCUCUGGGCAGCCUUGACUCACACUUUAUGAUUACAGCACAUUAUAGUACAUCCCUCAGUGCAAAUUUGAUCAGAGAAAAAAGUACUAGAGGAUGAAUCAUGUGAGCAGUGUAAUGGUGACAGUUUACCGAAUAAAACUCAAGCAGCAAUUGAAGGGCUAUCCAUAAUAUUGCAGUAAUAGGAUUGAAUAAAUCUGUAGAAAGUGCACUAAUGAGAUAAGAUGAGCUAAGCAUUGUGCAACUAUCCCAACUUGGUACAACAGGCUGCCUUAACACUAGGGCUGGUGAUGGUCAGUGAGCAAUAAGUGAAUCCUUGAUAUAAUCCAAACAUAACAAUCAUUUAAAAUCAAAUACAUAAUAUAUAAGAUUCUGUAUACUUCGUCAAACCUGUGAAUAAUAAAGUAAAAUAAUAUAAAGUAUUUUUAUAUAUUUUUAACAACUAAAAACCAAAAACAGGGCACACCUGAUAUUGAUUUCAGAGGAUGUGUAUUACUAGGACUUAACCUUAUCUAUGUAAAGGUGAAUGGUGCUCAUUAAAGUGUUAUUCAGGGUGAAGCUUUGAUUCCUUAAAAGGCAUUCCUAUUUAAACUACCUGUUGAAUUAUGGCCUGAGUUCACAACCUCAUUUAGUUGAAAUGCUUAAAAAACAUCUUGAAUUACUGAGCUCUUAAUCUAUUUUAUGCUAUAUAUUGUCUCUACCUUUGUAUUUUUACAUUUUG